AUGCUCGAAAUGGACCCUCAGAUUGAACUCGUCCCACCAGAGUUCUUGGGCGUGCUUCUAGCGGGCUUCGGCAACGAACUUACGCCGUUAACCAGUGAUCACGGCGACGAAGCAUGCCCUAAAGCUCUACUUCCUUUGGCAAAUAUCCCAAUAGUUGACUACACACUCUCCUGGCUGGACCAAGCUGGUGUCAAAGGUCGGUCUCCUCGAUGUGUUCUCAGCAAUACUCAUCGUAGCUUACAGAUGUUCUGUUGA